GCCAAGCGUUGCCGCUAAUCGGUCUGGACGCGGCCAUUGAGCAAAUCUGUCAACCGAUCCGAGUCGCUGCUGUGGCAAUUAAUCGAGAGCCGCGGUCCUGCACCCCGCACGAUUGAUUGUUUCUCAAGGCGGAGGGAGCAACAAACGGUCGUGAGAUCACACAUUGAGGUCGCAGGGAUCGCGCGGAGGAAAAGAGAAGAAAAUCCGCGAGUGUGUGCGCGGAGGUGGCGAGAUCAUCGGUGUUCCCCUUCCGCGAGCCGCCGCGACUUGCACACACCGAGCGAGCAACAAACGAAGUGGCCGCCGCACCGAGAGCGCGUUUAGAGGCGAAUCGGCGACUCCGCACCCGCGCCAUGAGUGCGAAACGCGCGUGAACGUGUUGGGCAGACACGCCGGCCGACGCAGGGCCGACCUAGCGAGGGCUCGAGCUGACUUUCGGCGAGAAAUGUCCGGCCAGACGUUGAGGUAGCAGAGUGAGCUCGUGUGCCGAGCAAUGCCCCGCGGAUCCGGUGGAGUGAGCCGAGCCCUGGGACACGGGGCCAGUCCCCUGUCUGUGGUGACGGUGGCCGCGGCCAGCCCGUCCACCUCGGCCUCGACCAUCAAGUACUUCAGCCCCUCGUACGUCCUCGACCACGAGUACGGCCAGACGCCCCAAAACCAGAUCAUGCGCCAAUCCAGUCGCUCCACGGUGCCUCCGGCCAGGACGGACGCUCGAGGCACCCUCGACAUAGAGCAAGUGAAACGGAGACUGGUGCUCGAAGGCACUCCGUCGCCGUCGUCAGAUGCGAGCUUCAAAGCCCCGAAGGCGAAAAAGCCGCGCAAUACUCCCAGUACCUCUGCGUCUUCUACGCCCAGUCCCAAACCCCGUCCUGAGAAAACGAGAUAUGACACGUCUCUGGGGCUGCUGACGAAAAAGUUUUUGAACCUGCUGCAGACCUCGCCGGACGGUGUCAUCGACCUGAACAAGGCCUCGGAGCAUUUGAGUGUUCAAAAGAGACGCAUUUACGACAUAACAAACGUGCUCGAGGGAAUAGGAAUCCUCGAGAAAAAGUCAAAAAACAACAUUCAGUGGAGAGGGGGAUGUGAUACUGGCGACCCCGCGCAGGGCUCAGCCCCGUACCUGCAGGCAGAACUGAUAGCCAUGGAGCAAAAGGAACUGGAACUCGAUUCUCUAAUCGAGAAAGCUAAAACUGAACUGUUGGUACUCAGCGAGGACACGAGGUUAGCGUACGUGACGUACCAGGAUCUGCGUAAUUUAGUCGGACUGCAGUCCCAGACGGUGUUGGCGAUCAAAGCGCCGCCUGAGGCCGAGCUGAACGUGCCAGAGGUGUCGCAGGGUCCAUUACAAAUGUAUCUGCGCUCGGAAACGGGUGAAAUCGAAGUGUUCUUAUUACCUGACGAGAAGAGUGAAAACAAGAAAUCAAACAUCAUCGAGGCGGCGGCCGCCGGCAGUAGUUUAGAGUCGUUCAUGGAGCCAAGUACAAGCAGUUCGGGCAACUACGUUGAGCCCAUGUUGUCCGACUCGGACAAAUACAUCCCCAUGGGCCUGAGCAACGAGGACCAGUCUUCAGACGCCUGCACUCUGGAGUCCUCGAUGCUGAGCUCCGACCUGUUCAUACCUUUCGAUCCACCAAUGCCUAGUUCAGACUACAGUUUCAGCAUGGAUCACAAUGAAGGCCUCUCGGACCUUUUCGACUUUGCUCUUUAGCACACUGCCAGGCAGAGAAUGAGGUUCACCAGUUCCAUGCAAUAGAGUUCUGUCAUUCGGCGCGGUUGUUUUUGCAAAAAGCUCGAACACUUUUACUCAUUUUACUACGUACGACAUUUGGUGCUCAGAAUCACAAAAUUUUUAAAUGACACACACACAACAAGAGAUAUGAUUUUUAAACAAGAAACUACUCCCAGAGGAGUUAAUUGCGAAUCUCGCCACUUCGGUUUUUCGAGGCGGCCGAGUGAGCGAUUCCUCGACGGAAAAGUGUUUUCUCUGCCUACCUUAGGUGCCUAAGUAGUGGGUUUAUUUCCCCCAUUUAAUUUUGGCAAGCCAUACAAAGCCCUGCCACAUCUAUUAAGAUGAUUGCAAUAAAGAUAAUGUACAUAGUUUGGAAUUGAUUACUACAUAAAUAUCUAUUAUCACUUGAUUUUGUAUGUUAAAGUAAGCAAAUCAUCUUAAUGGCGCACCUUUCAAAAAAGGUGCAAAAAUACAAAACGAUUUUUAACGGAGUGUUUGGGUCAUUUAAUGGUAGCGUGAAAUAGUUUACAAUUUAAUUAACAUACCUCCUUAACCACUUUUGUUAUUGUUUCUUAAUUUCUCUAGGGUUUUCACCAUUUUAACGUGUUUGAUUUGUGUACAUUUUUUCCCCACAUUGGUAGAGAUGUGUUCUAGAUUUCGAAAGCUUAACUGAAUUGGAAACAAAAGGAAAUUGCGACAAAAUUGUUUACCGUUAUUACAAUCAAGUGCCUGAGGAAACGAUUAUUUGUAACAAUUGAAUACUAAUCGACGCAGCUUUAAAUUAAACAAAUUGAGCUGGUUAAAAAAGAAACUGCCGAAAUUCAAAAGUGGGUUUGGACGAUUCAAUACCAAAGUUAUAAGAAUUAAGAUUCAUACAAAUGUGUUACAGCUGAAUAUUGGAUCAGUAGACAAGUGUGAUCAAUUUGAAUUUAACCCACUGGUGGAAAGCGUGGAGGAUAAUUUGGCUGAGGAGUUCAUUUUUAUUUUUAAAUGACACGCAUUUCAGUUUGUUUCCAUUGAUUUGGUGUACAGACUGAUUUGAUUCGACACAACUUGCAUUACAAGUGCACCAAAAUAAUAUGUGAGGAAUGAGGAACUUGUUAAUCAUUUUAACAGAAUUGAUUUUAAAUCAAAGUCUUGGUUUGUGAGAAUAUUCUCUGUCUGUAAAUUUUAUUACAACCACUUCAAAAUUUCCACUUUCUGUAAAUUGACAUGAACAAAAAACCAAUCUCCAAAUUCAAAACUUCCUCUCUCUACAACCAUAAUAGUUGAUUUCUUAUUCCAAAGAGAAUAUUUAUUGAAAUAUUAUUAUUUAUUGCGCCUGCAAAACAUGUUUGUCUUUUUUAAUAGAAAAAAUUCUACUUAUUAUAUGAUUUGUUAAUUUUAAAUUAUUAACUCCUCGUAGACUGAUCUUUUGAAAGAGAAAGAUGAAAGGAUAAUUUGUGUUGACUUAUUAUUUAUUUCUUCUUGUCAAUUAUGAUCUUGGUUUGAAAACUUUCGUCACCAGUGUAAAUUUCUUCUCAACCUGUAUUUGUUUAUAAUCUGAUUGGCCGAAAUACUGUUGAAAAUAUGUGUACAUCAGGUAUCAUUACCACAUAAUUUUCUUGUAGAAAAUUAAUUAAAAAAGCCCUCAAUUAGUGGGAGCGGUGAGUGUUGAAAUUUAGAAAGUAGGAUUUUUACAAGCGUACAAAUAACUAAUCCAACACACAUUCGAGAAUGAAAUUGCAUCUUGAACAAAAGAGCGCGAGUUGCCCUUUUCAAUUCUCAUAACUACUCUGCGUCUAUCAAUGCGGGCAGCACGCGCGUCUCUCAUUCAGAGUUUUAAUUUCCUUGCAAGCUGUCUUGAGUCGUCUAUCAUAAAAUGCGACAUAUCAAAAGGCAAUAUAGGAGAACAGCUUUGUCUCUUCAGCAGUGCAGUAAAAGUCAGUCAGUAAAAUGGUCUGCGCAACUUUCUGGCCGUCCUUUCAAAGACCUUUUACAAUUCAAUGCCGAUCAGAUCUCUCGUGAUUUCACCUGGUGUAUUGUAUGUAUGUGUCAAUGAAACUAAAAGAAUCGUAUUAUAUGAGGUGCGUUGCGUUGGGAUGCGAAAAAAGAAAUUCAAGUACUAACAUAUAUAAAUUUAUACUGCAAGAAACCACUCGACGAAUAGAGAGAGAGAGACAAUUGUUCAUUGUGUAGGAGUAAACUCUAGACUUAGGUGACGAAUUAUGUGCAAAUGAUGGAGCCAUUGUCUUACACAAAAAUAAUUAAAAAUCGCGUAAAA